AGGGACAGUCCCCAGGCUGGUUGUCCGCCCCCGUUUGAAAACAACAGUUGGGCACCUCCGCCGCCCAGCUCGCACUUGACGCGGCGUCGCGCCCCCGGGAGCUGCGGAGGCGAGCGGUGGCGCCGGCUUUGUGCUCAGCCACGACCAGCGCUCCGGGGCGGGUCGGGGCGCCUGAAGUGGGGAGAAUUGGCGGCGAGGCGCCGGCUGCAGCAUGUCCCUGCCCCCGGAGAAAGCCUCCGAGCUGAAGCAGCUCAUCCACCAGCAGCUGAGCAAGAUGGAUGUCCAUGGCAGAAUAAGAGAAAUCCUUGCUGAGACAAUACGUGAAGAAUUGGCACCUGAUCAACAACAGUUAUCAACAGAUGAUUUGAUUAAAGCCCUUAGACGUCGGGGAAUCAUUGAUGAUGUGAUGAAAGAACUUAAUUUUGUUACUGACAGUGUUGAUCAAGAACUCCCUUCUUCUCCAAAACAACCUGUUUGUUUUACUGAUAAACAGUCAACGUUGUUAAAAAAAACUAAUAUUGAUCCAACACGGAGGUAUCUUUACCUUCAGGUUUUGGGUGGAAAAGCUUUCUUGGAACAUCUGCAAGAACCUGAGCCUUUACCCGGACAAGUUUGUUCAACCUUUACUUUAUGUUUACAUUUUCGAAACCAACGUUUUCGUUCUAAACCUGUUCCCUGUGCCUGUGAACCAGAUUUUCAUGAUGGGUUUUUACUUGAAGUACACAGAGAAAGCUUAGGUGAUGGAACUAGAAUGGCUGAUUCAACAACAAUGUUAUCAAUAAGUGAUCCAAUUCAUAUGGUGCUAAUCAAAACAGACAUAUUUGGUGAGACCACUUUAGUAGCAUCCUAUUUUCUUGAAUGGCGAUCAGUUUUAGGCUCAGAAAAUGGAGUGACCAAUCUUACUGUGGAACUUAUGGGUGUAGGCACGGAAUCAAAAGUUGCUGUGGGAAUUCUAAAUAUAAAACUUGAGAUGUACCCAGCACUCAAUCAAACAUUAUCUCAAGAAGUAGUAAACACACAGCUUGCCUUGGAACGUCAGAAAACUGCAGAGAAAGAGCGAUUGUUUCUUGUAUAUGCUAAGCAGUGGUGGAGAGAAUAUUUGCAAAUUCGACCCUCACACAGCUCACGGCUGGUUAAGAUUUUUGCACAGGAUGAAAAUGGGAUAAAUAGGCCGGUCUGUUCCUAUGUUAAACCACUUCGAGCUGGGAGGCUUCUGGAUACUCCAAGGCAAGCAGCAAGAUUUGUUAAUGUCCUUGGUUAUGAAAGAGCCCCUGUUAUUGGAGGAGGAGGUAAACAGGAACAGUGGUGCACUCUGCUGGCCUUUCUCUGUAGAAACAAGGGUGACUGUGAAGAUCAUGCCAACCUUCUGUGCAGCCUCCUUCUUGGAUAUGGAUUAGAAGCCUUUGUCUGUGUUGGGACUAAGGCAAAAGGAGUACCUCAUGCAUGGGUUAUGACUUGUGGAACUGAUGGAACCAUCACUUUUUGGGAGAGUUUAACAGGACACAGAUAUAUCCACAAAUCUACCAAUCCUGAUGAACCUCCAGUUGCUGAACAGCCCAAACCAUUGUACCCAUAUCGAACAAUUGGCUGUGUUUUCAAUCAUCAGAUGUUCCUGGGAAAUUGUCAGCCCUCUGACUCAGUAGAAAUCUGUAUAUUUGAUUUGAAUGAUGAAUCCAAAUGGAAACCCAUGAGUGAAGAAGCAAUUAAAUCUGUGUGUGCUCCAGGAGCUACAACAUCCCUUCCUCCCUUUCCACCUCUUUGUGCGUCCACGAUUGAUGCUUCAGUAACAAGUAAUGAAAUAGAAAUGCAACUAAGGCUACUAGUGUCAGAACACAGGAAGGAUCUUGGCCUCACUACUGUUUGGGAAGACCAGCUUUCCUAUCUCUUAUCACCAGCUUUGGCUUCUUAUGAAUUUGAGCGUACAACAAGUAUAUCUGCAGGCAAUGAAGAAUUUCAAGAUGCCAUAAGGAGAGCUGUACCUGAUGGUCACACAUUUAAAGGGUUCCCAAUACAUUUUGUGUAUAGAAAUGCAAGGCGUGCAUUUGCCACAUGUCUUCGGUCUCCUUUCUGUGAAGAAAUAAUCUGUUGCCGUGGAGACCAGGUGCGACUGGCAGUUCGUGUCCGAGUAUUUACUUACCCCGAAUCUGCAUGUGCUGUUUGGAUCAUGUUUGCUUGUAAAUAUCGCUCAGUAUUAUAGGACUAACAUUUCUAUAAGAAUAUACCUGUUUCAUUGGAAUUUUACACAUUGUACAUUACUAGAUGUUUAGAGUUCAUUAUUUUAAAAAUCACAGUCUGGCUUGGAUGUCAUAUUUCACUUUUGUAUAUACGUGACUGAUAAUGUUUGAAAAAAAUCAUGUGUGUAUUUAAAAAUUAAGGAUGAAAAACUUGUAUAAAUCUGAGUGGAAUUUAGUAUAAAUUAAGUGUAUAUUCUAUUUUAAUAAAUACUACUUUGUUUACAGGUAUUCAGUAGUUUAAAUAUGAAUAUUAAAUUUACGCAGUUUUCUUUAACAGGUAUUCAGAAAAAGAUAUUUAUCUAAGGGUUUGAGGUGUAGUAAAAUCAAUAUGAUCAUUAUUUUUCAUAGAUUAUAAUGGGAUUAUUUUAUAUGAAGUAGGAGAAAUUAACCUCACAACAGAUUUAUUUAUUACGUAGGUGAAAAUAUAUUCUGAUGAAUUACCACUUUUGUGUUUACCCAUGGAUAGAGAUAUUUGUGACUGUCCAGAGAUUUAUGGGAAGACUUUGAUGCAAGAGUAGGAAAAAACUAGUACCAGAAAAGCAUCAAUAUUGAUAACAAAACAAACCUCACAUGAAGGUACAUGAAUAAUUUAUGAACAUUGUUAUUUUAAUUCAUUAUAAAAAUGAAUUGGGUCUUUUAGAAAAAAGGAUCAUACCCUUUUGUUAUGAUACUGAUAAAUUGUAUUCUGUAAUUAAUAUUGGCAGUCUCUUGCUGAUUUUCUGUGGCCAAAGGAUUCAUUACUAGCUUCUUCAUGGAUUCCAUCUUCUGAAACCCCAUUUUUUUCUUUCUUUUUUUCAUUGUGAUAAAAACAUCAGUGUAUAUGAGACUACUCUAAAUCAGAGAAUCAUUAUGUGAGGCCACUGAAAAGUAAACAUAUGUGAGUGACUCCAUGCUGAUGUUUGUUUUAAAAGUGAGCAGGGUUUUAAAAGUUAGUUUUGGGGCCGGCCCCGUGGCUUAAUGGUUAAGUGCACGCGCUCCGCCACUGGCAGCCCGGGUUCAGAUCCCGGCUGUGCACUGACGCACCGCUUCUCUGGCCAGGCUGAGGCAGCGUCCCACAUACAGCAACUAGAAGGAUGUGCAACUAUGACAUACAACUAUCUACUGGGGCUUUGAGGAGGAAAAGGGAGAAAAAAAAAAAGGAGGAUUAGCAAUAGAUGUUAGUUCAGGGCCGGUCUUCCUCAGUAAAAAGAGGAGGAUUGGCAUGGGUGUUAGCUUAGGGCUGAUCUUCCUCACACACACACACAAAAAAGUUAGUUUUAACAGUGAGCAUUAAAAAGACUAUAGCAGUGUGACUUUUUGUAAGAAGCUGCAUGAUGUAAGUGAUAGGUUUGACUGUCCAUUCAGCAUCUCUGUGCACAGUUCUUAAUUCACUUGCUUCAUCCAAUGGUCUUCAUAAGAAAGUAACUGUGUACCAGUUGGCUGGGCAAGUAAUACUUUUCAUCACUUUAAUUCACCAUUGCAAAUAAAAUGAUUUGAUAUUUUUUAAAGAUUAAAAUUUAAAGCUAUCCUAAAAUUUAUUUUUUGUUUUAUUUUUACAUGUGAUAAAUAUUUAUGGUUUAACUUGUUUAAAAAGUCUAAAAAUAUCCCUCUUCUAUCAAUUUUCAUUGAAAAUGAUAAUCAUGUUUCUUGUGAGACUGACAUGACUUUAGAGAAUUAGCAAAUUAAGAAUUAAGACUUUUUUACUCUGUUGCCAAAAUUACUCAUAAAGCUAUCUAGAGAGAAAAUUGCUUGUAAUUUUCAACUUUUGGAAUAAACUAUUUAUGAGGCACAUACUAAGAGGCAGACUAUAUUAAGAUCAAGGCUGUGUUAUCAUUGGAGGCAGGGCUUCCUACCUUGCUGUACCAGAGUAACAUGUAUUUAUAAUGCGCCUUUGGUAUAAAUUCUAAAAUAAAUUUCCUCUUUUUGCACUUGAAUAGAGUCUGGCAUGAAUUAAUAUUUUUCUCCAAAGAUGAUUUAUUUCAAAAGAUUAUUUUAGUGCAUUUAUCACUAGAAUUCUGCUACUGUUACUAAUAAAUUUUCUUUUUAAAAAUUAAAUUUACCUUGUAUAUUUAGCUCUGUGAUAAAAGUUUUUCUAUUAAAAACGUAAAAUUA